CUGCUGAACCAAACUGACUUCCCUCCAUAUGACAGGGCUGAUUUCUGCUCUCUGGUCCCUGCUGCUGGAGAUGCUCUCUCUAAAUCAUCCCAGAAUCCAGGAGAAAACGAUCCAACUUCUAAUGGGAUCUCUCUUCUCUUCUCCCCCCCUCCUCCAGUCAUGUUCCGACUGUACGACACAGACGGGAACGGCGUGCUGGACAGCUCAGAGCUCGAUCGCAUCAUCAAUCAGAUGGUGCACGUGGCCGAAUAUCUGGAGUGGGAUUCAACAGAGCUGCGACCGAUACUGAAGGAGAUGAUGGAAGAAAUUGACUAUGACCGAGACGGGACGGUCACACUGGAGGAGUGGAUCAGAGGAGGCCUCACCACCAUCCCUCUACUGGUCCUGCUGGGCAUGGAAACGAAUGUGCAGGAGGACGGCCAGCAUGUUUGGCGUCUGAAGCACUUCAACAAACCCGCCUACUGUAACUUCUGCCACACCAUGCUGCUCGGCGUCCGCAAGCAGGGCCUGUGCUGCUCCUUAUGCAAGUACACAGUGCACGAACGCUGUGUGUCCAAAGACAUCGCCGCCUGCAUCAGCACCUACGCCAAGUCCCGCAGACACACCAAUGUUAUGCAGCAUGUCUGGAUGGAGGGAAAUUCUCCAACGAAGUGCGAUCGAUGUCACAGAAGCAUCAAGUGCUACCAGGGCCUGACGGGCCUGCACUGUGUCUGGUGCCAGUUGACGCUCCACAACAAGUGUGCAUCGCAUGUGAAGCCAGAGUGUGAUGGAGGAGCCCUGAGGGACCACACUCUGCUGCCUUCAUACAUCUGUCCAGUUGUCCUGGAUCGUCAUUCCGCCACAAAGCGAGGGGAGGGGGAUUCGCCUCCCAGCACCAGCCCCGAUGACCCCAACCAGACAUUUAAAUUCUCUCCUGGAGAUGGACAAGCACUGCAGAUCACCCCUCUCCCAGGAACUCACCCUCUCCUGGUCUUGGUCAACCCUAAGAGCGGAGGGCGGCAAGGGGAGCGUGUUCUCAGGAAGUUCAGGUAUCUGCUUAACCCCAGGCAGGUGUACAGUUUGGAGCAAGGAGGACCCAUGCAUGGGCUCAACUUUUUCCACGAAGUCCCUGAUUUCCGGGUGCUGGCCUGUGGAGGUGACGGUACUGUGGGUUGGAUCCUCGAUUGUAUAGAUAAGGCUAACUUUGCCAGACACCCUCCAGUGGCCAUCCUCCCUCUGGGCACAGGAAAUGACCUGGCACGAUGCUUACGCUGGGGAGGAGGCUAUGAAGGGGGCAGCUUGCUGAAAGUCCUGCGGGACAUUGAACACAGCAUAGAAGUGGUGUUGGACCGCUGGAAUAUUGACAUCGUUCCUGAUGACAAGGAGGAGAAGGGAGACCCUGUUCCUUACAGUAUUAUCAACAAUUACUUCUCUGUGGGAGUGGAUGCCUCUAUCGCCCACCGCUUUCAUCUGGUGAGGGAAAAACACCCUGAGAAAUUUAACAGCAGGAUGAAGAACAAGCUGUGGUACUUUGAGUUUGGCACCACUGAGACCAUAUCCGCCACCUGCAAGAAACUAAACGAAUGCAUAGAGGUGGAGUGCGACGGGAUCAUCUUGGACCUCAGCAAUACCUCCUUAGAGGGCAUAGCUGUUCUGAACAUUCCCAGCAUGCACGGGGGCUCCAACCUUUGGGGAGAGUCCAAGAAGAGACGGAAUUACAACCGCAUGAGCAAGAAGGUUGCAGACAGGAUGCCUGCCACCACCGUCACAGACGCUAAAGAGCUCAAGUUUUGCAUGCAAGACUUCAGUGACCAGCUCUUGGAGGUGGUUGGCCUGGAGGGGGCGAUAGAAAUGGGCCAGAUCUACACCGGGCUGAAGAGCGCAGGACGCAGACUGGCUCAAUGUGCCAACGUCACCAUCAGGACGUCUCGGCGGCUUCCCAUGCAGAUCGAUGGUGAGCCCUGGAUGCAGCCGCCCUGCACGGUCAGAAUCACGCACAAGAACCAGGUCCCCAUGUUGCUGGGCCCACCUCAGAAGACGCCGUUCUUCUUCUUUAAGAAACGCAACUGCAACCGCGACUAGCAUCCCACACCCCAUACACACCUCAAAGAUGGACACACAUUCCUACAGUACAUAGGUGCAGAUACUCAGACCAUCAGACAACAGCCGUGAUUCCAGAUUUGAAGGUUUAUUUUCGUCCUGACACUUUGAUGUCUACAGAUAGACUCUGUUUCAUUUACAACAGAACCGAACAAACAGAACAAACCAUCGAAAAACAUUCGACCCAUCAGCCUCUUAAAAGGUCCCGCCCAGGAAACCCAAAUCCAACACCAGUAGUGCACUGCCAGCCGAACUCUGCUGCAGAAUCUGCCGCCCCGUCAGAAACUGAAACACGCUACAGUGAGGAAGGCUGCCCACUGUUCACGGUGAAAUCAUCAGCUUGGUCUGCACACCUGCAUGAACAAUGCAGCCGCUCGUAUCCGGAUCUCCCAACAGACCCUCAUCCCGCCACAGGAAAGAAAGACCUCCUCCAUAAUUCACAGGCUGUGUUUGCAGACGGAUGGCCUGCAGAGGAUGGGAGCCUGCAGGGACUACGAAGUGUCACAUCCUACGAACCCAGAGGAAAAUAUGGGAAUAUUAUCACUUUAUAAUCAAUCGGGACUGAAAUAGAAAAUAGAGACGAUGAAGUUUGCUUGUGUUUUCUGUUAGAAAGUGAUGCAUGUGCUGUUAGACCAAAAUCCUGGUGGAUGUAGAAUAGAACAGCACCCACCUUGACCUUCUAGGCUGAAAUAAUAAACCCUCUCAGGGGUUUUUAAGGACCAGUUAUUAUCUUUUUUCUUGUUGUUAUUAUUUAAGAAGUAAAACAAGCUGAUAUAUCUACUCCAGGGAGCAUUUCUGUCACUGCACUGCUAAAGCGAUCUAGAAAUAAGUCAAAAUGUCUUAAAUUAAGUGUAUUUACCCUUAAAUUGAGGAGGUAAAUAAGAUGAUUUGCAAAUGGAAUGAGGAUUUAAAUCCUUAAAAUAGGUUAAUUAUAUACUACACUGCCUGGCCAAAAAAAAAAGUUGCCACCAAAAAAAAGGGUAAUUCACUCUAAUACUUUGUUUGACCGCCAUUAGCUCUUUACGGCCCGCAUUUGCUGUGGCAUUGUUUCGAUAAGCUUCUGCAAUGUCAAAAGAUUUAUUUCCAUCCAGUGUUGCAUUAAUUUUUCACCAA